AGGAACCUGGAGGGAGGGAGGAGUUCCCAUGGUGAAGCAGGGUAGGGAACCCUCAGGCAAAAAAAUCUGGAAUUCCAUCUCUUGUUCUUGAGGGAUGGAGUCGACCCCAAACCUCCAACCCACUGUGAAGGCAGAUCCCAAAAGAUUCCUGGCAGGGAUGCAAGGUUGGGAGUGGGGCUGGUGAGUCCCAAGGUGGCUGAGAAGGGGCAGAGCAGGGUUUGGGCUCCCCAUUCCCAGCUGCCAGCAAGAUCCCUGGGGUUUUGUGCUCCCUUCUGAUGCCACUGGGCCUCUCUGCAGUGCACCCAGGGGAUGACAGAGCUCCCAGGAGCCCUCAGCCCCAGGAGCUGCCUGAGCUGCAGCUGGGCCAUGAAGAGCCACAGCAGCCAGCAGAAAGCACCCAGAGUUUCCCUGGAAACUGGCCAGUGCUUGCCAACCCACCUGGAGAGCUGCUGGGUGCUUCAGGGUCCCAGAGCUGCCAGCAGGGCCCUUUGUGUCCCUCCUGGGGCCACCCUGUGCUCACAGCCUGAGAGGAGCCUGGCCCAGGAGGAGGUGUGGGAGCUGCUGCUCACCACAGACUGGUGUGGCCUGGGGUGCAGAAGGGUUGGCUACUCAGGGCAGCCCUGGAGCUAAAUCCUCAUCCCUCUGGCAGGAGUUUUUGGAGGAACUGUGACCUCAGGCAGCCCUGCCUGCUCUGGGGUCUGCCCACAUCCACACCUGGGCUGUGGGCGUUGGGUCACCCAGAGCACCAACAGAGCCUUGGAGGUGCCAAGUUUGGAAAGACUGGGUUGAAAACUUGGAAAGUUUGAUUCAAUGUGUUUUCCACACAACCUCAGCCCAGGGGCCAAGUCAGAUUUUGGGAUUUGAGACAAACCCAAAGGGAAUGGUGAGUUCCCUUGGUCUCCCAUUAGGGAUGGGUGUCCCCAUUGCCUCCAGUGCUGCUUGCCCUGGGUGGAGUCUGGUCCUGGGGAGGAGAAAUUCCCCUGUGAGCACCUGCUGCCGUGGGAGGCCUCAGCCCAGCAUCCAGGGUGGCCAGGAGAGCUGGAAACCCCCAGGAUACCUCUGUGUCAGUCCUGGAACAGCCUCUUGGAAUGCACCUGGGUUCCCACAGGCUGCACAUCCACGGCCCAGCACUGUGGGAACACCUCUGUGGGAUAGUGGGGUGACAUUUGGGGUUUGCCUGUGCCCCUCCCCUCCUGGCAGGGCAGGCACUGUCACCUUUUCCCCAAGGGGACAGCAGUGGAUCCCAAGAGCUCCUUGUGUCUGUGGUGAUGUCUGGGUCCGUGUGUCCAUGUUAAAGGUGGUGCUGGUGCUGUCUGUGGGGAUUUGUCCUGUCCUGUCUGUGUGGAGCUCUCCAGGAAGGUUUCUGUCUUUCUGGAGAAGGUGGAAUUGCCUCCCCUCUCUCCCAGCAGGGGCAAAGCCAGGCCAGGUCUCUCCUGUGCAGGGCCACAGUCCUUGGGAGCAGGGGCUGAAUUCCCUGCAGUUCAUGCCCUGCUCUCCCUUCCCAUGUCACAGCCACCCGUCCUGGGGACAGAACAGCCCCGGUGCUGCCAUGGGAAAAUCCAGGGGCUGAAGGGAAAAAUCCAGAAUGGGCCAAGAGGAACCUGGGAAGGGGCAGAAGCGAGAAGUACUCUGAAUGGUGAGGGAAAGCCAGGGCUGGUGCCAGGCUUUGCCACUGGGUGCUGGCACUCAGGGGUGUUCAGGCAGUGCCAUUCCCAGGCAAUGCCAUUCCCGGGCAGUGCCAUUCCCGGGCAGUGCCAUCCCCGGGCAGUGGCAUCCGCAGGCAAUUCCAUUCCUGGGCAGUGCCAUUCCCGGGCAGUGGCAUUCCCGGGCAGUGCCAUUCCCGGGCAGUGCCAUUCCCAGGCAGUGCCAUUCCCAGGCAGUGGCAUUCCCAGGCAGUGCUAUUCCCAGGCAGUGCCAUCCCUGGGUAGUGCCAUUCCCAGGCAGUGCCAUUCCUGGCCAGUGCCAUUCCCGGGCAGUGCCAUCCCUGGGCAGUGCCAUUCCCAGGCACUCUCCUGGGGCAGCAGCAUCCCCGGGAGGUUUCUCCACCCUUGCAGGCCGAGCUCUGGGUGUGCUGCUGCUCCGGGCCAGGCUGAGGAGCUGCUGGUGCCCUCCAGCUGCCAAGGGACAGGGAGGGACAGCUCCUGGAUCCUCUGGGGAAGCCCUUCCCACCCCUUUGGAGCCAUCCUGGCACACAGGGACACUGAGAGCAGCCUGGCACAGCCGAGGGCAGGCCCUGAGGCCUCUGGCAAACCACGGGGGCUUGUCUCCAGUCUUUGCAGGAAAACCAAGCGCCAGGAGUGUCCAGACCAGCCAGCCCUGCCUGGGGCCAGGGAGAGCUGUGGGGGCAGGAGGAUGAGGAGGAAAGGGUGGAGAAGGGUCCCUGGGAUCUCCUGGUCCCUUCCAGGCCACCUCCACCUGCACACCAGCUGGCUCCAGGUGCUCACCUGGCCCAUUCUGGGCAUCUCCAGGGAUAUCCCCGCUCUGAGGGCCCUGCCUGCCUCCCUGCUGGCUCUUCCCCCACGGGGGACACGGGGACUGCUGGCAGGCACAGAGUGCUGCAUUUAUUUCCCACCUCCUGCCCUCCUCCAGCCUGGAAGUGCCUGGGCUAGGCAAAAUUCCACAUUGGAUGGAAAACUGCUGGCCCAGGAAUGGAGGGUGAGGAGCCCUGAGCCCCAGGGCCCCUGACACUGACAGCUGAGGUUGCAAGAUGGGGACAUCUCUCCUUCCUCCGUUUUUAUUUAUAAACAGGUAUUUCCCUGGACAGCUGAAGGCUGGAAAUUAUUUCAUUCCUUUCCUGUUUAUAUUUGGCUUUGAACAAAUAAACAGCACUGACUUGCUACCUAC